CACCAUUUAUGACCUACCCUUAUAUCUGUAAAUCUCAAAUACUUUCUCCUCUGUUCUUUAUUUUGUUUUCCUCAUUAACUGCCAUUUCUCACCUCAAUAUCUGUGUCUUCUCCACCCUUAAUUUGCUGUUUGAUAUAACCCAGAUCCUUUCUUGCAGCCUAGGUCCCAAACAGAACAUUAGCUCCCAGGAAUCACAGCUACUAAGCUACAAGCUAUAUAUAUUGUACUUCCUCCUAGCCCUGCCACACAGGAGUGAAGAGGGCGUAGUCAGUGUAGUUUGAACCAAAAUGCCAAAGUGUAUAGUUAAAGACUGCAGAAAUGGUCACACAAAAAAUGCGGAAGAUUGCUCAUUUUAUAGUUUUCCCAGUACACCAGACAGAAUAAAAGAAUGGCUCUUAGCUAGUGGUGACGAAUUUAAAAAUAUAGACGCAGUCAUUGAAUAUAUCAUACAGCAAAAGAAAUCCUCUGUGUUUCGAAUAUGCUCCGACCAUUUCACUCCUGAAAUGUUUUCAGUGACACACAAGAGAAAAACACUGAAAUAUGACGCUGUACCUACCAUUUUUCCAAAAGCAAGUGUUUUAUGUGUUGUUCAUGGACUGGAAUCCGCCUUACAAGACAGCACUACAGAUAUAGAAAUGGUGGACCUUAUUUAUCCAACAAAUGACGCAUCCAUCCAUAGUGGUCCAGAUAUUGACAAUGCUUUGGUUGUAUAUGAUCAUGACUAUGCCUCAGGUUACUGCUACCCAUUACCAUUACCAAAAAGAACUUAUAACAAAGAAACAAAUACAUCAAUUGAGACGAAUGACAAAUGCAUUACUACCUCUCAAUACUAUGGACGGAGGAAUGUGUCCACUCAAACGAGUAAUCGUUAUUUGAAAAGAGAUGCUGCAACCACAGCCUUUGAUUUGUGUAAGAAAAGAGAUAUCUGGACAUGGACUGGUGUAACUGAUCAACCUAUGGGAUCCAUUGAUUUUAACAGCGGGAUGUGUCCUAAAACAAAAUCUAGUGAUCGCUAUUUGAGUAAACCUGAUGAAAAAAUAUCAGAGGAAAACAAUUCUGCUUCUUCUCGAACAAUAAUUCAACAACCACAGUUUGACGAUCCAAUUUCACAAAUGUCCUCUACACACAGAGACACUGAUACGGAGUCUACUGUAAGUGCGUCUGAAUUCAGUGAUCACGGUUUCAGUCCUGAUGAGCAGUCUACAGACAUUGGUGAAAUUUCAUAUAUAACUGAGCCUUUACCAGAAGAUUAUCUAUCUGAAAAAAAAUUUGUUGUUUUCGAGUCAUGUCUGGAUAAAUUAUUAGGCUCUGUCCAAACUUGCUCCUUCUCCACUACAUGCACUGCUCCCAUUGCGCACAAAGAGAAAAUUCUAACUGGAACUUUGUUGACUGUGUACACCGUUUGCGAACGUAAUCAUCGCUGUGAGUUCUGGAAAAGCCAGCCAAUGAUUGGCGAACAGUCAUGUGGCAAUAUAUUGGCGAGUGCCUCGAUACUAUUUAGUGGUUCCCAUUUUUCUAAAGUCAGAGACUUCUUUACAAUUUUUGGUUUGCCAUUUAUCUCUCCAUCUCUGCAUUACUCUUAUCAGAAAAAGUAUUUGUUUCCUAUUGUCGAUUUGCACUACGAAAAAGAGCGAAAAUUCAUUCUGGACAGUUUAAAGGGCAAGGUAGUAUGUCUGGCAGGACACAGCCAAUGUGAUAGCCCGGGUGGAACUGCUAGAUACUGCACUUAUUCUCUUUUGGAAGAAACUACACAAAAAAUCAUUGAGUGCAUUACCAUUCCAGUGACCAAAGCAACCCCUUCUGUUGAAAAAGCUUUCACUCAGUGCAUGGAUCAAGUUUUGGCUGAAAGAUUGAUAAUUGCCAUUCUGGUAACGAAUUGUCAUGUCCGCAUUAGAAAAAUAAUGAGAGAGAACUACAAAAAAAUUAAUCAUCAGUUUGAUAUAUGGCACUACUGUAAGAAGCUUCGGACUAAACUUGCAACUCUAACUAGACAAUCAACGUGCAAGGAACUUGUUCCAUGGCAAAGGACAAUUAUUAAUAAUAUGUGGUUAGCAUGUUCAUCUUGCAGAGGAAAUUCUGCAUUGCUAAGAGAAAAGUGGAACUCGGUUCUCCAUCACAUUAUUAAUAAACAUGAAUGGGAUUCUGGGACCUCACUACACAGAUGUGAACAUGAAGGGCUCAAGGAGUCCAAGGCAAGAAAACGAAAAUGGUUAAAAAAAAACGAAUUGGCGUACUCAAAACUUUACAACUUUGUCAAUGAUUCGAGACUUCAAGAAGAUUUGCCACACAUGGCAUACUUCUGCCAUACUGGAUCUCUAAAACUUUUCACCAACCUUGUGUUAAAAUAUCGGCCAAAUGGAGUCCAUUAUUCAAAGGAUGGUGUGGUAGCCAGGACAAAACUGGCAGUGUUGGCCCACAAUGCCAGGGUUGACAGGGAGCAGGCUACUGUCCAGAGAGCUUGUGAUGGCACCUAUGAAGCAGGAGACUUACACUACACACCGUAUUUCUCAAAAAGGAGAAAAACCUGGCAUAUUAAAAAAAAGUAUGGUGCCACAACCUUUAGUCAUAUUUACCCAAUGAUUGCUGAUGUUCUAAGAUUUGCAUCUGGUGACCUUCAAGUGAACUGGAAUCCUCGAUGAACCCACACAAAUAUAACAUCCCUCAUUGCCCACCCACCAUCCAUCCAAAUUGGUUGAAAAACAUUUAACACAUUUUAGACUAAGAAGAUGGAGUU